AUGGGGGCUUCACAGGAUGCUGCUGCCAACAAUGCUGCAGGGGAUGUUGAUUCUCACGACGGGAUUGCCUCCCAUGACCGCUUUACUAUUUUCCAGCAACCGAAGAUGACGGAGGUUGUCCAGGAAGACUGCGCAGUGUUAAUCGGCGGUGUUGACGGCCCUGUAUUUGCAGGAAAGCAGCUAGGAGUCUCCGAUGUUGGUUGCUACUUGAUGGCCAGAAACGAGGCUGACAAGUCCGCGUGGUUGGGCUUCAGCAUCCAUUUCCCCGUCGGCCACGACAACGAGGACAAUGGAUUCGGCAUGUGCUAUAGCUGGUCCGAGUCGCAUGGCAAACCUCUGCCAGCUAAAACGCACGGGGUCACGGCCAAGUUUCCUCGGACCAAUGUCCUGCGCGUCAUAACGCCCGCAGAUGCCGGCGUAAGAAGCCGGUUUCCAGACGAGAAGCGAGACCUUUCUCUCGUUGAGGUUUUUCUUGAGGAAAACGUCCAGGUUGUCGUUGAAGGCUACGGGUUACCUUUCGCCAAUAAAGGCCACAUUGCCGAGAAGUGGCUGCAUGAGAACGCGCCCAUUGUCAGUGAACUCACUCUCAUGGGACUCUUGGAGCAACGGAGCUUCCACUUUGUCGUCGCGUCCGAGCACGACAGACUCCGUCAAAACUGGGACUUUGGCCUCCUCCCACCGCGUUUCAGCUAUCCGUACGGGACGGAUCAUGGCUGGAAAGGCUCCGGGACGUACGAAAAGAUGCUGACGGAGCACAGGGGUCGUCAGUUCGCCCCCCGCAGGUCCUUCGACACCAUGGACGAAUUGCUCACGGUCAUGUCUCAGUCGCAGGUCCAAGACAUCAUGUGGGUGGAAUGGGCGGCUGAGAAGAUUCGCGCAACGGGCUUGUCAGCCUACUUUAUACCUGCGACAAAUGGCAUGGCAGAAGAGGAAGAGGUGUACUUUGCAAUCGUUGCCGCUCCCCAAGAGUUCCGAAAUACCUUCAAGAGCGCCUGGCAUCGCCUCGCGAGGGAUGGAAGGCUCAAAAUUCUACUCCACGACAAGAUAAAUACCACCGUCUCACCCGGAGACUCAAUCGGCCGUUGGGACGCAGUCAUCGUUGAAAGAUCGAGCUUGGGAGACAGCUUAAGGGCACACCCUACCAAGGCCCACGAACUGGUUCUGCACGUUCGAAAGCGACGGCAUGCGAGAGAGCGCGGACCAAUUCCCAACAUUAGCAAGUUUCAGCCAUUCAAUCCCACCGUCUUUGGUCUGACGAGCGAGCUACGCGAGUCCGAGCCGGCAGCAGCGAGGAGAGUCGUCAACCGCCUGAGAUUCCGCAUGCAGGUUCAGAGAGAUCUUCUUCUUGGCACUGGAUUUUACGACACACUCCGAGGCAAGCCGGCAGGAGGUGAACUUGCCGCCGCACUGGCAGAGCUUUCCCUUGACAGUGCCCUCAGCAGGGUACCUAGGCCGUUGCCAACGGUGAAGCUCUUGGAUGUGCGAAAGGGCGACUUCGUGCGUGCCUUGAUGCAAGAAGUCCUUCCCCCUGACCGCCAUCGGUUCAUCGAGUAUCUGCGCAGUCGACCGCUUGGACUGGGCAUCAUAACUGCCCCGCCGGGGUUUGGCAAAACGACAGCCCUUGCCGUUGGAGCCGUUGCAAUGGCCGAUGCUCUGGGCAAGUUGUAUUUGUCUGGACCUACCCACGUUUCCGUAGACAAUGCUGCAGCACGACUGGAUGUGGUUUGUGGUCGAGUGACGAAACGACUCAACGACAAGCUCGGACAACAACAAGACGGCUCACCCAGGUAUCAUCGCAAGCUCAUUAUCCGCGCUUACAAGAUGGAGGAUGAGCUCAAGGCGUUCAAGACCCUCCUUCGGAACCCCCGUGCCGGCGACAACGCGGCUCCUCAAUCGAAAUGGAAACCCGACUCCAAGUGGAAGCUGAACUUGUCGUUGGCCUACUGGGCUCUAGUGAUGCUCGGAGCUCCAACGGUGCGGCAACUCGGUCCCGACGACAAACAAGCCUUGCAUGCCAUCCGCGACAGUCGUAAUGGCCGGAUGGCGACGGAUGACGAGAUCAGGGGCAUCAUGGAGGCGGUUAUCCACGUCGCGGACGUCUUGGCAACGACGCCGGCCCUGGCAUGCAGAGAGCCCUUUUGUGCCUGGAAGAAUGAUCGAGCGCAGGGUUUCGUAAUCGACGAGGCUGCCGGCAUGAAUUGGCCCGACCUGCUGUGCGUCUGGGGAAACACUUGCAUGCCCAAUCUCCUUGCGGGCGACGAGAAGCAGCUGCCGCCAGCCGUCAUGACGAAGAACGAACGGGACGGAGAGGGCAACUUCUUCAAUAGGUUCGCCCGGGAUGGGGCGCUCUCGCCCAUACACCACCUCAAGUCGAUGGGUUGGCCGAUCUACCGGCUUCGAGUCCAGCUGCGUAUGGCCGCCGGCCAGUUUGACCUCACAUGGAACGAGGUCUACCAAGAUGUUCCCUUUACCUACGGCCCGGGAUGCGAAAUUGAUCUCCCUCAACAUAAAGACGGUCGCCAGCUCGAGAUAUAUCUCAGGAGCAAGUUUUCAGACAUCAAGGCUUGUCCGCCUGGCGAGCUUCGUCCUGUGUUUAUCCAUUGCGAGGGCUCCAGGUCCCUCCGUGAUGAAUUCUCUAGGUCGAUUAAAAACCCUGACCAGGUGGCAGUAGCACUGAGGCUGCUGGUGGAAUUCGUCAAGAUCUGCGGCGCAAGGCCAGAAGAUCUAGUCGUCAUCUCGCCUUAUUCUGCCAACAUAAACACCAUUGAGCAACUCCGAAAGAGACGAGAAUUUGCUGGCCUGCAGCCCAUGCGCCCAGCCGCGACCGUGGACUCGUUCCAGGGCCAAGAAGGCACCAUCGUGAUGGUCAUCAUGGGUACCACGGUCUCCUCAGGCCCCGGGCACACCUGUGACGAGCAAAGGCUCAACGUGUUGCUGAGUCGUCACAAGUCUGGCCUCAUCAUCGUGGGCGACGUCAAUGUCACCGGCGACGUGACAAGCAAGAUACCCCCCAAGGACAUGCUAAUCAUUAGUGAAAGCGGCGAGGAGAGCUAUGAGAAGCGCAAUAUGCUCCGAAAUAUUCACUUUGCCUUGCAGGCCGCGGGAAGGGUCGCUAAGGUUCGCGUGUCUGGGAACUAA